AUACAUUUAAAAACUAGCAUUUAGGUUACGAGCGAUAGCAAAUGGAUUAUGAAUAACAAAAAAUAACAGUGUCGCAACUGAAUGUUAAACUAGUCACGCAUAUUUACUUAAUUCAUCUACAUUUCGUUGAUUUUAUCGCACCGCACUUCCCCCCAAUAAACACACAUUCAGCCUUUUUGCUACUGAAGCUCACUCCCGCAAGAAACCACAGCACAAGCCAAGAUGUUCAUUUGGGACUGGUUCACGGGUGUUCUGGGAUACUUAGGUCUAUGGAAAAAGUCCGGCAAACUAUUGUUCCUUGGCUUGGAUAAUGCUGGUAAGACCACAUUAUUGCAUAUGCUCAAAGAUGAUAAGCUGGCGCAACAUGUGCCAACACUGCAUCCAACAUCUGAGGAGCUGUCCAUAGGAAAUAUGCGUUUCACUACAUUCGACUUGGGUGGCCACACUCAAGCGCGUCGUGUCUGGAAGGAUUACUUUCCUGCUGUGGAUGCUAUCGUAUUCUUGAUAGAUGCCUGGGAUCGCGGUCGCUUCCAGGAGAGCAAAAACGAACUGGAUUCACUGCUCACAGAUGAGGCGCUGUCCAACUGCCCGGUGCUCAUAUUGGGCAACAAAAUUGAUAAGCCUGGCGCGGCCAGUGAAGAUGAGCUGAGAAAUGUGUUUGGACUGUAUCAGUUAACGACCGGCAAGGGCAAAGUUGCACGCUCGGACUUGCCUGGUCGCCCGUUGGAAUUGUUCAUGUGCUCUGUGCUGAAGCGACAGGGCUAUGGCGAAGGGUUCCGUUGGUUAGCGCAGUAUAUUGAUUAAGUCUUGAUUAACAUAAACAAACAAUAACAAACUGAAUUCAACAACAACCAAUCACACAACAAAACACAAACCGAGAACUUGGCUAACAACAAGAUUUAAAUUCAGAAUGGACAAAAACAGAAACAGUAAGCAAUUCGAAGCUGCAAGCGCAAUAUUCAAUUUUUACACAAUGAUAAACAAUAAAUCGUAAAUAUAAAAACAAAAAGGAACUAAAUUAAAUAAACAACAUAAAUAAGAAUGAAAAGCAAAACAAUAUUUUUUAAAAUCACAAAGUGCAAAAACUUCUCAAAAUUCAACACACGCAGGUCGCCAAAAUAAA